AUGCAAUACGUACGAAACCUCAGCGCGUCCGUCUCCUCGACAUGGAACUCCAUAAACCCGGCCACUCUCAGUGGCGCCAUCGAUGUCAUUGUCGUUGAGCAGGAAGACGGCACCCUCGCCUGCUCGCCGUUCCACGUACGCUUUGGCAAGUUCUCGCUCCUUCGGCCCUACGAGAAGAAGGUCGAGUUCAAGGUCAACGGCGUCAAGCAGGACUACUCCAUGAAGCUUGGCGAGGAGGGCGAGGCCUUCUUCGUCUUCGAGACCAGUGAUACCAUUCCGAGGGAUCUGCAAACCUCCCCGCUCGUCUCCCCGGCGUCUAGUCCUCCCUUGAAUCCAGAGAACCCUUCCUCACCCGGUCUCGGUGAACCAGAGCUACUAGACCUGGACUCUGAGUCCGCGAAACCUCGUCGUCCGCCCCCCUCAGUCAUCCACAGCGCGACCUUUGCAACCCAUGGCCUCAACACUCCUCUCUCAACCUCGCCGGACCUCUCCCACUCACGAUUAAGAUCAGAAGACUGGGGCUCGGCCACCCAUCGCCCCUACAGCGACGAUGUGAUUCGCAAGUCGGCCCGCACGAGCGAACGGGCUUACGGUGAAGACUUGGCCGAAUUCGACAUGUCCGAGAGAUCGCAGAGUCCCCCUCCCAUUGCGCCAAAGGAAGCGCUUGAACGGGCGCUCAUGCUUUCCAAGGAGCUCUCGGCCAACAACAUUCCCAGCCACGUUACAGAAAGCGGCGAUCUGAUGUUGGACAUGACCGGUUUCAAGAGCAACGAGGAGGAUGUCUUCCGCGCCGAGAUCCUUGCUCGAAAGAUUCUGUCCGAGGAGCUCGAGGGCCCCUACGAUAUUGGUUCACUUUUCGGCAUGGACGAGCAUGGAAACAUCUGGAUCUACAGCAGCGAGGAGGCCAAGGAGGCGGCCAAGAAGAAGACGAUGGAGGCGGGCUACCGCCCUAAUCCCGUCAUUGCGGCGGAUGCUGCAUCAGACCCUGGCUACCAAAGCGACGGCAGCGAUGUGACAACCACUGCGCCCUCGCCGAUUCACAGGCGGACCGAGUCGGACGCUGGAGCUUCUGGCCUGCAAACCCCUCCCAGCACUCCUCCUCAGUCGACAGCCGGAGACCCGAACCUGAACUACGCCAAGACGCUGCGACUGACCAGUGACCAACUGAAAGCCUUGUGUUUGAAGGCUGGAGAGAACACAAUGAGUUUCACCGUCAACAGGGCGACGUGCCAGGCCAACAUGUACUUGUGGAAACAUGAGACCCCCGUCGUUAUCUCGGACAUUGACGGCACUAUCACCAAGUCGGAUGCCCUAGGCCACGUUCUCAACAUGAUUGGCCGUGAUUGGACGCACGCUGGUGUAGCCAAACUUUACAGCGAUAUCGUCGCAAACGGGUACAACAUCAUGUACCUAACCAGUCGAUCAGUGGGGCAGUCUGACACCACCCGGGCGUACUUGGCUGGCAUUCAGCAAGGGCAAUAUCGGCUGCCGCGAGGACCUACAAUUCUGUCUCCGGACAGAACCAUGGCCGCGCUUCGUCGUGAGGUGUACCUCAGAAAACCUCAUGUUUUCAAGAUGGCCACCCUCCGCGACAUCCGCCAUUUGUACGGACCGGACCGGACACCUUUCUACGCCGGAUUCGGAAACCGUCUGACGGACCAGAUUUCGUACAGGACAGUAGAUGUCCCAAGAAACCGAAUCUUCACCAUCAACUCCAACGCUGAAGUCUCCCUUGACCUGCUCAGCCUGAAUAAGCUCAAGCUGAGUUACAUCAACAUCAACGAGGUUGUGGACCAUUUCUUCCCGCCCGUGAGCACUUUGGUCAAGGGUGGCGGAGAAGAGUACACGGACUUCACGUACUGGAGAGACACUCCACUGGACUUGGACGAAUUCUCUGCAAGCGAUACAGAUGACGAUGAUGAGCAGGCUGACCUCGAGGAAGACAUCGAUGACGACGAGGAGAUCGGAGACGAGAUGGGCCAGAGCUACAUUUCGCGAGACUCGGUCGAUGACUACGGUGACGAACGUGAGAGCAUUCUCAGUGGCAGCAUCGAUGGCGAGGACCAACUCGCCGCCUCCAUCAUGGAGGACGAGGACGCCGACGACGAAGACGCCGAAGAGGAAGAGGAUGAAGACAAGGACGACGGUGCCGAUCUCGAUGUGCGAACCCAACGCGAGCGAACUCCUCAGCCCAGCGGCAAGGAAACCAAGUCUUCCGCACCUGCGCAGAGGGUGCUCAUGGAAGACGUCGGAGCUGAACUCAUUACUGGGGUAAAUCAUCUCACCCUUGCAAAAGGCGUGCAGAACUAG